AGUUCUCCUGUAGGCUACACUGUGAAGGAUGAAUUGCUUUCCUCUCCAAUGCAAUGUAUUUUACUCUAGGACUCGCUUCUUUCCAAAAGUCAAUGAAGACGGAUAUGGCUCUACAACUAACAUGUGGUUUGAUUUAAGUUUUUAAUGGUCGAGAAUAUACUUGAGAUAUUUCACCAAAAGAGCUUGAAACGUGCACAUUUAAAGAGAUGAUGGCAUCAAUAGGGGAGUUCGAUCCGCUGAACAACAUCGUUCCUGCAACUAAAAUUGAAGUAACCGUGUCAUGCAGGGAUCUUCUGGACGUGGACACAUUUUCCAAGUCUGAUCCUGUGGUUGUGCUGUAUGUUCAAGGUAUCGGGACCAAAGAGUGGAUGGAGUUUGGCAGAACAGAGGUGAUUGACAACACGCUGAAUCCAAACUUUGUGCGGAAGUUUUUCCUGGACUUCUUCUUUGAAGAGAAGCAGAACCUCCGCUUUGAUGUAUACAAUGUGGACUCCAGAAGUUCAAAUAUUUCAAAAUUUAAGGACUUCCUUGGUCAGACCUUCUGCACUCUGGGGGAGAUCAUUGGCUCCACGGGCGGACGGCUGGAGAAGAGCCUCUCUGGGAUUCCUGGGAAGAAGUUGGGGGCCAUUAUCUUUGCGGCGGAGGAGCUCAGUAACUGUAGGGACAUUGCUACCAUGCAGCUGUGUGCCAACAAGCUGGACAAGAAGGACUUUUUUGGGAAGUCUGACCCCUUCCUGGUCUUCUACCGAAGUAACGAAGAUGGAACGUUCACUAUCUGUCAUAAGACGGAGGUGGUUAAGAACACCCUGAACCCUGUUUGGCAGCCCUUCACCAUCGCAGUGAGGGCCCUGUGUAACGGGGACUAUGACAGAACGGUUAAAGUGGAUGUCUAUGACUGGGACAGAGAUGGAAGCCAUGAUUUCAUCGGUGAGUUCACCACAAGUUACAGAGAUUUCUCGCGUGGACAAAACCAGUUUAAUGUCUAUGAGGUUUUAAAUGCAAAAAAGAAGGGCAAGAAAAAGAAAUACAUCAACUCUGGCACGGUAACACUGCUGUCCUUCAAAGUGGAGUCAGAGUAUACGUUUGUGGAUUUCAUCCGAGGCGGGACACAACUCAACUUCACAGUAGCCAUCGACUUCACUGCUUCUAAUGGUAAUCCGUCUCAGCCCACUUCCCUCCACUACAUGAACCCGUACCAGAUGAAUGCCUACGCCAUGGCACUCAAAGCUGUGGGGGAGAUCAUCCAGGACUACGACAGUGACAAGCUUUUCCCAGCCUACGGCUUCGGAGCCAAGCUGCCCCCCGACGGAAAGAUCUCCCACGCCUUCCCUCUGAGUGGUGACAAUGAAAACCCAAACUGUGUGGGGAUAGAGGGAGUGCUGGAGGCAUACUUCCAGGGCCUCAGAACGGUCCAACUCUACGGACCCACCAACUUCUCUCCAGUCAUCAACCAGGUGGCACGGUCUGCACAGGAUGUGACAGAUGGCUCUCAGUACUUUGUGUUGUUGAUGAUCACAGACGGAGUUAUCUCUGACAUGGUGCAGACCAAGGAGGCUGUGGUCAACGCAGCUGCUCUCCCCAUGUCCAUCAUCAUCGUAGGGGUUGGACCUGCAAAGUUUGACGCCAUGGAGGAGCUGGAUGGAGAUGAGGUCAGAGUGUCCUCCAGAGGGCGCUUUGCUGAAAGAGACAUUGUGCAGUUUGUUCCUUUCCGGGACUACAUGGACCAGUCAGGGAACCAGGUCCUGAGCAUGGCCCGGCUGGCCAAAGACGUGCUGGCUGAGAUCCCCGAGCAGCUUCUGGGCUUCAUGAAGACCAGAGGCAUCGAGCCCCGGCCUGCUCUCUCCUCAUCAGAGCUGCCCAAGCUCCACAGGCAUAUCUGACACCUAUCACUGUAGUGGGACAGCACCUCUCAACACCCUAACUGGGUCUACACACAUUUGUUGUGCACAUACACACACACACUUGACAUCUCUCUCAUCUCUUCAAAUCCUAUGCCAUCUCAUUGCAAGUCGAUGGCCCCUCUCCCUAACUCUACAGCGUGCAUACUGUAGCUAAACACAGUACAGUACAUACACACAUAGAAUGAGUCUAUGUAUACAUUGUGUAUUUGAACACAUAGGGGUGAGUAGAUAUAGCACCCAAUGCAAUACCCACAAGCACAGUAAUUUCUGAAGAGAAGGAAUACAUAUAACUUACUAUGCCAUGAUGUGACACAAUACAAAGUUCACAUGCAUAUGCAGAAGGGGGAGUUACAGACUGUGAAAGUUACUGAUGUAGAAUAUACAUAUCUAAGAAACUGAAACAAAAAGACUAUUAGAUUUUUCCUUUCAGCUCUGGAGUGUGUAUAUAUAUACAGUAUAUGCAAAGCAGCUUAGCCAUCAACUGAAUAUAAAACACAUAAACAACUGGACAUAUUGCUUUCAGCCCAUACCUCCAAACCCACACCCUCUUACAUUAGGUUACUCUUUUUAUACACAUACAUCUGCUUGAAUUACUGUAUCCUAUCCACUGGAAUGACAGGAAUACAUGCUCUCAUGUAACAAACAACAUGUUUUAUUUAUGUUGACUUUCUACUUCAUGCAGAUGUUGGAUCUUAAUUUGAUCACUCUUUGGUAGCAGAAAAUGUUCCUGCAUAUCAAGACAUUCAAAUGAGCCUUGUGAUUCACUGAAAACCCACCGUUGUCUUUUUCGCCAUGUGGGGGUAGUCAAAUCAUUCUGACAAUAGCCAGCUAUCAAAAUAAUCAUCCCUCACUCACUCAAAAGCUAAAAGCACCAGACAGAAUAUGAAUAAAUGUCCUACUGCUACUGUAGGCCUAUAGGUCCUAUUACCGCAAUAUUCAAAUGUAUCAACAACCAUCAUCUUAUAUAGCUUAAUAACACAACAUAGAUAUUGGUCUCCACUAUGACACAAGUGUAUCCGAAAUGUGGCUGUACGUUAGGCUACACCUAAACUAUAGCUUAAGUAAUUGCACACACAGGCCUAUAAUAUCAGAUGUAAAGACAAGAUGAAAUUGAGAAUAGUGAGGUAGCCUACAGAACGGAGCGCAAUGGUGCUUGAAAGAGACCGACUGAUUUUAAAACCAAAAAGACACAACCCAUGAUUUUUCUUUAUCUAUAGUGUAUAUAUGGCUCACCACCUAGAUUUAGCUCCUAUGUAGCAGAAGUUGAAUUUAUGUUUUUUACGUUGGAUAAAAAUAGAUAAAAAUAGAGACUACAAAAUGGAAUAUCAUACAAUGCAUUUGAGGAACAAUUGGAAAGUAAUUCUGCUUUGAUAGUUGAUAAACUUGUAAACUCACUAUUGAGAAAAUUGUAUUUUAGUGUUUUGUGAGAGCUCUUCUUUGUCUACACCCAUUCAGCAUCAUUCACACCCUCUUUAAGCUUUAGCUCCACCCAUCUCCUUGAGUUCAGAGCGCACAAUUGAUGCUCUGGCCAAUGAUUUGUUUACCUCUGGAUAACAUGAAAACAGCCAAACCAGCUCUGAUGGCAACAAUUUUGUUAUGCCUUUUUGCAGAUGUUUACUAACACCGGCCAUAUUCAACGGGUGUUGUACACUUUAGCUUAAGACAUAUAGCUAGCUACCUAGGUAAACAAUUAACCUAGCUAGGUAAACAACAUGUAAGAUCACACACGUCACGUCACCUAGCUAGGGAGCCAGCCGGCUAACGCUAGCUAACAGUACACUAGCUUGAAAUGAAACCACUUUCUGUCAGAAUUAGAAACGUGUAAUAUCUGAAAAUGUAGCUAGCUGGACUAUCUUACCUGUAUACAUCAUCAUGCAUGAUGGACACGUCUCCCUGUCACGGAUCCACGCUACAAAUGCCCUUAGCUUGAAGAUGUAAUCCGGAAACAGGUGUUUUCUCAUCUCUUUAGCUAUCAUACUCUAAUUCCACUGAUUU